AUGGCCCAGCACCUCUCCCCACGCCGGACACCCCGAAACCCCGCCCCGCCAGUUGCAUACCACAACUUUCGAAAAUCGCCCAAGCGCAACCCGUACUCGUCGCGGGACUCGACUGUCGAAAGCGCCGGGCAGGCUGCCGAUAUUUUCGACCUCUAUGGCGCUGUGGGGGAAGACGAGGAAGUGGGGGAUAUGAUGGAACGGCUGGAUUUGGGAGGGGCCUAUGAGGGCUCUUGCGAGUACGCCAGAGAAGCAAGGGAGAUGGAGUAUGGCUUCAGAGAAUACACCGGAUAUAUCCAUCACCUCCCCGCCGACACCCUCGCCUCCUUCGGCACCAUCGACCCGUCCGCCGUCCCAGCCCCAUACCCCAAGUCCUCGACGUCGAAACGAAACCAGAGGCUGAACCCUGCGGAUACCGGUGGAAAUGGAAAGCCGCGGUCCAGCAUGAGCACUGGAUUCUCGACGACGACGGAUGGGGCACGGAGCCAGACGAGUGUGGCUGGUUCGUCGAGGUAUCCCGGGGAGGAAGAAGAUGCUUUCCAUGUCAGAUCUACUUAUGCGAGGCUUGAUGCAGAGGGUGUUCAUGGAGAUGGCUGGGACCAAGGUGUAGAGCGCACGCGGGGUGGACCAGCCAUGCUGAAUCAUCGAGCUACCAUGUUGUUUGCGACCAAGUCAGGAGACUUGCCGGAGAAGGAAAAGCAGUACUUGUCGAGUCUCGACCGGUAUGGUUUCGUCAAGGAGCCUCAUCGAAACCGCUCCGAGUCCCGCCUCGCCUCCAUCCCCUCUGCCGCCCUAUCCAAAGUCCCCAAGCUCCCUUCGCAUUCCCCACUAUCCGGCAAACCCCCCGUCGAACCCACCAACAACUUUGGCCCCUCCAACGGCACCUGCCCCACCGCCAACCCGCCCCAGAGCCCGUCUCUUGACGGAAGGGAAGAAGACCGUGCGAAACGGAAAGAGACUGAAAGAGUAGGGAAAUGGGCGAGGAUGAUGAAGGUCAAGAAGAGGGAUCCGGGGGGGAAUAUUGCAGAGUGGGAUUGGAGCCAUGAGGGGCAAGGGGCAAAGCUGCAGAAUCGGGUGUAUAAGGGGAUACCGGAUAGGUGGCGGAUGGCGGCUUGGUGGACGUUGUCGGAUGGGCAGGCUCAGCAGUGGAAAGGGAAGGGCAAGGGCAAAGCAUCUGCUCCCGAGUUGAUCAAGGACUACAACGACUGUAUCAAUCUUCCAUCCACGUUUGACGUUCAGAUCGAUCUCGACGUUCCUCGGACUAUCAGCGGCCAUACCAUGUUUGUCACGCGGUACGGCACCGGCCAGCGGAAUCUUUGGCACGUACUGCACUGUUUCGGUCAACUGUGCGAGACUUGUGGGUAUGUGCAGGGCAUGGGGCCGAUAGCAGCGACGUUGUUGUGUUAUUAUGAACCCGAGAGAGCUUAUGCGCUCAUGGUUCGUUUGCAUGAUGUGUAUGGGAUGCACGACAUCUUUGAGCCUGGAUUCCCGGGGUUGCUCGAAGCGUUUUACGUGCAGGAACGGUUGAUGGAAUGGCUCAUGCCGGAUGUUUACCAAUCUUUCCAACGGAACACUAUAUCCAGUACUUCAUGGGGCACCAAGUGGUUCAUCACCCUGUUUGUCAACACUGUACCCUUUUCUCAGCAACUACGGAUCUGGGAUGUGCUUUGGAUGGAAGGCCGGGAUGUGAUCAUUAUCACCAGUCUUGCCAUUCUAUGGGCUUUCCGAGACCUCCUCGCAUCGCCCCACGCCUCUUUCGAAUCGAUCCUGUCACUUCUCUCCUCCUACUUUGUGGCCGAAGACGAAGACUCGCUGAUGCAGUGGAUUCACAAGGUGUUGGCGCUCAAGGGUCUGAGGGGAAAGAUGGAUGGGUGGCGGGUAGAGUGGAAGGGGCUUGUGAAGGGGGGAAAGGGCGAUACUGCGCUGUUGUGA